UGCCGGGCUCCCCUAGUCUUCUCUAUCUUGGGGCUGCUGCUGGCCCUGCCCACGCCUAGGGCUCCGGCGCGUCAAGGGCCUCAGCUGGGAUUCCCGCGCCCCUCGAACGGCCACGAAACUCGGACAUCUUUCCAGGAGCAGUGUGAGGAGGACAGAAACACCCACCAGGACUGCUCAAGCCGCCUGCCAACACUGCUGCCACCAUGCCAAAGAGAAAGGCAAAAGGAGAUGCUAAAGGUGAUAAAGCAAAGGUGAAGGAUGAGCCACAGAGGAGAUCAGCGCGGUUAUCUGCUAAACCAGCUCCUCCAAAACCAGAGCCCAGGCCUAAAAAGGCCUCUGCAAAGAAGGGAGAGAAGCUUCCCAAAGGGAGAAAGGGGAAAGCAGAUGCUGGCAAGGAUGGGAACAACCCUGCAAAAAACCGAGAUGCCUCUACACUCCAGUCCCAGAAAGCAGAAGGCACUGGGGAUGCCAAGUGAAAUGUACAUUUUUGAUAGCUCUGUCUUAUAGUGAUUCUACUGUUUGAAAUACUAUUUUUUUAAAUCAAGUUUUAUAAAACCGUAGAAUUUUGGCUCUCUUUUUUAAGUUAUGUUGUUAGCACAUAGGACACUUCCUUGUUGUCUUUUGUGGAAAGGGCAAAUACCACUAAUAGGGUGUAUCUCAGAAACUGAAUUGAAAUAGGGGAAAAUAGGAUUUUCUGUCCUGUUUGAAGAUUAUUCUUGAUUCCCUUGAUUCCCAGGAGAGAUUCUCUGACAUUCACAUGUCAGCCACUUUGGCACAGAAGCCUUACAGUGUGGGGAACCAAAACUUCGUGUCUCCUCUUUCCCUGAUGCC